AUGCAAACCAUUUCAGGUUCAUCUUCAUCUCUCAGUGAGGUUUCUGGAAAGUUCGAAAACGAUUUCUUUUCCAAGCUGAAAAUCGAAGACGACAAAAUUGAUAAAAUCGAAAACGAAGUUAAGCAAGAGAAAGAUGUGCUAGACGAAGAGGAUGACGAUGAUGAUGAUGAAGAGUUUAGUUUCGUUUUCGCAGAUCCUAAUGGCUCACCGAUUUCCGCUGAUGAUGUGUUUGAUAACGGUCAGAUUCGUCCUAUUUUUCCUAUUUUCGGUCAGGAUCUUCAUUUCACCGACGAUUACGAUAGCGAAUCUGGAAACCGUUCGCCGGUGAAGAAGAUUUUCGUUGAAUCGCCGUCUUCCUCCGGGAAAGCAACAUCGUCGACUUCCGCGGCGGCGGAAGGGACGUUUUGCGAGUGGAAUCCGAAAGUAGCGAAGAAGAGUAACUCGACGGGAUCAUCAAAAUUAUGGAAGUUACGCGAUCCGAAGCUGAGAAGUAACAGUGACGGUAAAGAUGCUUUUGUGUUUUUGAAUCCGGCGAAGGUAGAGAAAUCGAGUUCCGGCGAGACGAAAAAGGCGGUGGUAAGGAAGGUGAAAGUAGCGAAAGGGAAACCGGCACCGUCGGCGCAUGAGAAACAUUAUAUGAUGAGUAAAGCGAGGAAGGAAAGUGAUAAACGCAAGUCUUACUUGCCGUAUAGGCAAGAGUUGUUUGGGUUCUUUUCGAGUACAAAUGGAUUGGGUUUGAGUAGGAAUGUUCAUCCUUAUUGA